AUGACUAUCCUGCAAAUCUUGGCGACACAAGCGCCAGACGGUGAUAUAUCUAGCACGAAUGCUAUCGUUAUACACCACAAAAUUUCUUUACUCUCACACCCAUCCGUCGAAUAUAACUCAGGUCUCAAACGAUCCCACUCAGUGGCCGCUAAUGAAUCUACUUAUUUUUUUCAGCUAUUGGAACAGUUCGUUGUAUCAAAAUGUCUAGAUCUAACAUUGACUUACGGUUUCACAGUUGCCGCUGGCGUUGCAGUAAUAUACGACUGGGCACUAACACUUGGACAAGAGAUUGAACUCAUCUGGAGACAACGCUGGUCUCUGAUGUCUGUGCUGUAUUUGCUUAUACGCUACAUUGGACUACCAUAUUCUGUUACCUAUAUUCUGCAAAAUAUGCCAAUGGUCACUCUAACAGAUGCAGGAUCUAGAAUGAUGCUCAUCUUCCUUGUUAUUGUCUUUCUGGCUGUUAAUAUCGCCAGUGGAGUAAUCUCGUCAAUAGACGUCAAACAAACACUAGGGGAGUUUAUACUCUUUGGCACACAUACGUGCAGUUUUGGCUUUGGGAUAGAUGCCCGGCUUCUCUUUUCAAUGCUUUGGAUGCUCAACACUGUUUGGGAGGUCCUCGCACUGUGUCUUUCGAUCUGGGUUUCUGUAAAACACUUCCGCGACCUGCGACGACUCGGCCCAUCGACAGGAUCGACCAUCGGGGACUGUUUCACAGUACUGAUAAAAUCUCAUGUGCUUUAUUUUGCAAGCUUUGUUGGCCUCUCCUGCCUCCAGUUUGCUAGAGUCUCUCUAGAAUUCUUGAAUCCAAAUUUUAUUGGAUCUCAGAUGCUCAAUGGUGCUCUUCAAAUUUUAUUGUUUGUACAGAUGUUUGUGAUGGGACCACGCCUCAUCCUUAGUGUCCGAGAAUAUCAUGCCAAUCUCGUGGCAGGCUCCGAUGCAGAAAAUAGCAUGAAUUCGAUUAUUUUCCAGGAGCAUGUACGUGUAUCAACUAGCAGUACUGUGUAG